AUGAAUUCCGCUCAAAAUUCCGUAAGUUCAGAGAAUUUGACAGAGAAACCAAGAACUGAAAACCAACGCGUGAAGCUUUUAACAAAAGAAACGAACACUGUAGUUAAAAAUGGAUGGCUGACACCCUACAUCGAAAAAGACCUCACCAAAACGCUAAGAUCUUCAGAAAAAGUUGAACUAUGGUUGAGAGCUCACUUUUCACACCCCAUGAAACAGCCAGUUGAUUUUGUACAAGACAAUGAAGGGUUGCAAUACGGAGCCGAGAGGACAAACGCGGCAGAAAGUGUGCUUACGAGUUUGGCGGCGCUGGGGAUUUCAUCUGGAAUAUUUUCAGCAUUACAGGAAGAAGAGAACAGUUCUACAGCGAAAUUUUGA